AUGUUACGUACGAGAUUAAUCAUUCAAAAUGUCAGAAGUAGAGCCAUUUCUCAAGCAUCACGGAAUAUUAAUACGGUUAGUUCUCUAAGUACCAGACAAAUUCAUGUACCUGCUAUACAACUGAAACUGAAUUUUGGUAUGAAAAAUGGGCUUCAAGGAAUGAAAUACAAACAUAAUAGCUUUGGAUUGAAUCAUGUUAAAUUUAUGCAUUCAAGUGGCAUCAGAAAACUCCAGAUGUCUAUGGAUAAGGAAGGUCAAGAUACUAGGCCAGCAUUGGAGAAAUAUGGUACAGAUUUGACUCAAUUGGCAAAGGAUGGUAAACUAGAUCCAGUGAUUGGACGUGAUGAAGAAAUACGUCGUACAGUUCAAAUUUUAUCCAGAAGAACAAAGAACAAUCCUGUGUUGAUUGGUAAUGCUGGUACGGGUAAAACGGCAGUAAUGGAAGGUUUGGCACAGAGAAUAUUGAAGAAUGAGGUUCCAGACAGUAUGAAAGACAAGCAGAUAAUAACGUUAGACCUAUCUGGUAUCAUUGCAGGUGCCAAGUAUAGAGGUGAUUUUGAAGGCAAAUUAAAACAGAUAUUAAAAGAAGUUGAAGAGAAACAAGGGAAAGUCAUAUUAUUCAUAGAUGAAUUGCAUAUUUUAAUGGGGUUAGGUAAGGCUGAAGGUUCAAUUGAUGCAUCGAAUUUAUUGAAACCUGCUUUGGCAAGGGGAAAGCUUUCUCUUUGUGGUGCUACAACCAUUGAAGAAUACCGCAAGUAUGUUGAAAAGGAUGCAGCUCUUGCAAGAAGAUUUUCUGCUGUUACUGUUAAUGAGCCAACGGUUCAAGACACUAUUUCGAUAUUACGUGGUUUGAAGGAACGUUAUGAGGUACAUCAUGGUGUCCGUAUCACUGAUGGUGCAUUAGUGACCUCUGCACUCUAUUCGAGUCGUUAUAUAACUGACCGUUUUUUGCCAGAUAAGGCUAUUGAUUUAGUUGAUGAAGCAUGUUCUACAUUGAGAUUGCAACAUGAAUCUAAGCCGGAUGCGAUUGCUCAGUUAGACCGUCAAAUUAUGACUAUUCAGAUUGAAUUAGAAUCUUUGAGAAAAGAAGACGAUCAGUUAUCGUUAGAUCGUAAGACUAAAUUGGAAGAAGAAUUGAAUGUUAAAAGUGCUGAAUUGAAAGACUUUACUGAAAAAUGGGAAUCAGAGAAAAAGCUGAUAGAUGAUGUCAAGAAUGCAAAAACUGAUUUGGAACAAGCUAAAUUUGAUUUAGAACAAUGCCAAAGAGAAGGCAAUUAUGGUAAGGCUUCUGAAUUGCAAUAUGCCACCAUACCCAAAUUAGAGGAACAAUUGAAGGAAUUAACUGAUAACGAAAAGUCUGUUGAAGGAUCUACAUUAUUGCAUGAUUCUGUUACUUCUGAUGACAUUGCAAAUGUGAUUUCUAAAAUGACAGGUAUCCCAUUGAGUAACUUAAUGAAAGGUGAGAAGGAUAAGUUAUUGGAUAUGGAAGCUACAUUGAAGGAUAAAGUCAUUGGUCAGGAUGAAGCAAUAAAUGCAGUUGCUGAUGCUGUGAGAUUACAGAGAGCAGGUUUAACCAGUGACAAGAGACCGAUUGCUUCAUUUAUAUUCUUGGGACCAACUGGUACUGGUAAGACAGAAUUAACGAAAUCCUUGGCAGAAUUUCUAUUUCAUGACAAAUCGUCAGUUAUUAGGUUUGAUAUGUCAGAAUUCCAAGAAAAACAUACGAUCUCUAGAUUAAUCGGAUCACCUCCUGGUUAUGUUGGUUAUGAAGAAAGUGGUGAGUUAACGGAGGCAGUAAGAAGAAAGCCAUAUUCAGUUAUAUUGUUUGAUGAGUUUGAGAAAGCACACAGUGAUGUAUCCAAAUUAUUAUUACAAGUCCUUGAUGAGGGUUCAUUAACUGAUUCCCAUGGUAAGCAUAUUGAUUUCCGUAAUACCAUAAUAGUAAUGACCUCAAAUAUUGGUCAAGAGAUAUUACUAAAUGAUAAGGAUACAAGCGAUGAUGGCCACAUUAGUGAAAGUACUAAGACACAAGUUAGUGACAUGUUAAAGCAUUAUUAUCCUCCUGAAUUCUUAAAUCGUCUCGAUGAUGUCUUAAUUUUCAACAGAUUGUCUAAGCAAUCUUUGAAAAAUAUUUUGACUAUCCGUUUGAAAGAAAUCGAUGAAAGAUUGGCUGAUAGAAGAAUCAAUUUGUCUUUAUCUAAUGAAUCCAAAGACAAGCUUUGCGAAUUAGGUUAUGACCCGGUGUAUGGUGCAAGGCCUUUAAAUAGAGUUUUGCAAAAGAAGGUCUUGAACCCCCUUUCCAAAUUGAUGAUAAAAGGACAAAUAAGAGAAGGUGAGACGAUACUUGUUGAUUUAAAAGACGAUGAAAUAUAUGUUACACCAAAUCACGAAGAGGAUCAUCCUUGA